AUGGAUUAAUAAAAGGACCUUCUAACAAUGCCGCUUGUUUUUAAUGUCAUCAAUCCAAAAACUAAAGAUCCAAACAUCUUUUCAUUAACUAUUGAUGGAAAAUUAACACUCUUACAUAAAUUGAUAAAUUCUGUUGAUAAUGUUAAGUAGGUAGUUAAUUCAAAAGAUUAAGAAGGUAAAACAGCUUUAUUUUACGCUUGGUAAUUGAUAUGUUGAUUGAUAGUUAUUUUAACUUUUAAAAUAUAGUUAUGUUUCUAUUGAUGAAAGGAGCAGAUCCAUUUAUUAUUUCAACUUCGGGAUAUAAUGUAUUUUAUAUCUGUGCGUAUAGAGGACAUAUUGAAUGUCUUCAAAUUAUGUAUUAAAUGUUAAGACAUAAUCUGAAUAUGAGUUCGAUGGAAGAAUUGAAAUUAAUUAUGAAAAAAUAUAGAUUCAAAAAAACAGAUUCUCAUCAUGGUGAAUUGGCAUGUUCAGAUAAACACUUAAGGUAAGUUCAAUAGAGAUUUUAAGCCUUUUAAACAGAAGUUCAUGAUCAAUAUUAAAAAUAUUUAGAUACAAAUUUAUUGUAUUUGAAUAAGGCAAUCUUUACUAAUGAUUAAUACUAAAGAAAUCCAAUUCAUUAUGCAAGUUUAUCAAAAUAUACAAAAUGUAUAUAAUGUACAAAGUAUUUAACUUUAUAUGGAUUAAAAUUAUAAGGUUGGGAAUUUUUUUAUGAUAUGUUUAUGGAAGUAUAGUUAUUAGAAUCAUCUUCAGAUAAAAAAAUAGAUCCUAGAUAAUAUAUGCAUUAUAAUGAAUUAGCAUCAAAUUUUAUAGAAAAGUAUUUUCUUGAAUAGCAAUAGUAUAAUUUUAUGAAAAAAAUAAAGGGAAUAUAAAAAGAAUUAGCAAAUCAAUAAGAUAGUGAUGGUUAUGUAUGAAAAAAUUAUAAUUUAUAAAAGACUCCUAUGCACAUUGCUUCAUUUGCAGGAGAUUUUGCGGCAAUUUAAUUUUUGUUAUCAAUAGGGGGAGAUCCAAAAAUUAAAUGCCGAAAAAAGCUAUUGGAUGUAUUAGAAUAUGCUUCGAAUGAUUCUGUUAGGAAAUAUUUGAUGGAUCUAAAGAAUGCUGCAAAAUAAGGAGAUGAGAAAAGUUUUACAUUAUUAGUAAAUUGUGGAUAGAAAGUAAAUGGAAAAGCAACGAUAUAUGGAAUAGCACCAGUACAUAAUGCAAUUGAACAUACACAUAAAGCUUAAAAUAAGGCUAUGUUAGAUAAGGUAUUAGAAAUGGAAGCAGAUGUAAAUGUAAUAGAUACAAAUGGAUGGACACCUAUACAUCAUGCAGCAUAUUAUGGAGAAUUAGAUGCAAUCAAUACAUUAUAUGAAAGAGGUGCUAGUUAGUCCAUAUUUUCUAAUAAAGGAUAUUAUCCAUUACAUGCAGCAGCAAUUAAUAAUUAACCAAAAGCUAUAAAAUUAUUAAUAGAUUUGGGUUAAAAAUAAAAGGAUAAAAGUGUAAAUAAGAAAGAUAUAAUUUAAUUUGAGAGAGGAGCACAUCCCGAUUGUUAAGAUGAUUAAUUGUGCACUCCAAUGCAUUUAGCAGCCAAGAAAGGAUUUGCAGAUGUGGUAAGAGUUUUAUUUGAAAAUGGGGCCAAUAUUUAUGCAUUAGAUAAUCGAGAUUGGACUCCUCUACAUUAUGCAUCAUUUAAUAUGCAUAAAAAUGUUGUUCAUAUGUUAAGUAGAUAUGAUGCAGAUGAAGAUAAAUAUAGUAAUAUGCGUACAACCAAAGGUUAAACAGCAGAUCAAAUUAUGACAAACUCUGAAGUGAAAUUUGCAUUUAAAAGUAAAUCUUAAAUCAUAAUAAGAUAGCAUUAUGGGGAGCUGCAAGAGAUGGAGAUUUAGAUAUUGUAAGAAAGCUUGUUACUCUUAAACAUGAUAUUAAUGAAUAGAGUUAUGGAAAUUAAUUUACACCUCUCAUUUUGGCCACCAGAGGUAAUCAUUUUCUUGUUGUCAAAUAUCUUCUAUCGUAAAAAGCUGAUACAAGCUUAAAAGACAAAUGUAAAUGAAAAUUAUAUAUAUAGAUGGUAAUACUGCUUUAGAUUAUGCAGUCAAGUAGUAGAAUCAAAAAUUGAGAGAAUUAUUACAUGGUUAAUGA